AGUGGGGAGGUGACUCGCUAGGUGACCCGUGCGCAGCCCAGCACCUCCUCCUGCUAGCUGGGGCGCGGGUCCCACCUUCCCGGGACGCAGCCCACGCGCAGCCGGGCAGCGAACUACACUUCCCGGCAGGACGCGCCGCGCGCACGCGCACCCGGGCCUCCGCCAUGGCGACAGUGCUGUCCAGGGCGCUCAAGCUCCCGGGAAAGAAGAGCCCAGACCUCGGGGAGUACGAUCCCCUGACCCAGGCUGACAGCGACGAGAGCGAAGAUGAUCUUGUGCUUAACUUGCAGCAGAAGAACGGAGGGGUCAAAAAUGGGAAGAGUCCGCUGGGAGAAGCACCAGAGCCUGACUCUGAUGUGGAGGUUGCCGGGCCUGCAAAGCCACAUCUUUCUGAAGUCACCACCGAGGGCUACCCCUCGGAGCCCCUCGGGGGCCUGGAGCAGAAGGCGACCUCCUCCCUCGUGUCCUACGUGCGCACAUCCGUCUUCCUGCUGACACUGGGGAUCUCCAUGAUCCUGGUGCUCCUCUGUGCUUUCCUCAUCCCCUGUCCCCCCAGAGACCUGCACAGCACUUGGCGUCGCCGCUUGGGCUCCCAGAGAGGUGGGGACCUGUCUCCGCUAGAACUGUCUGAUGUGAAUGGAGACGGCCUUCGGGAUGUGCUUCUUUCCUUUGUGACAUCAAGGAACGGGAGUUCACCAGGUGGCCCAGGACCAGCUGCAGACCUCGUGUGUCUCUCGGGGAUGAAUGGCAGCACGCUAUGGUCCAUUCCCCUCCCAGAAGAGGCCCAGGAUAUCACAUGUUUGGAUCUGAUGCCAGGCAGUGUGGCUGAAAUCAUCUGUCUCGUGACUGGGACACGCAAGAUGCUCAGCGCAUUCAACGCAACGUCAGGGAAAGUCAUCUGGACGCUGAGCCCAAGCUCCCUGUCCAAUGGCACCUUGGCUGCCCCCGUGGUGGUGCUGCCAGACGUGGAUGAGGAUGGCGUGAGAGAUCUUGCGGUUCUGGCCAUUGGGGAAACACAGCCGGAUGUAUACUUUCUGCUGGUGUCUGGCCAGACAGGGAACCCAGUGGGCCGACCUGUGAAGUACAGCAUCGUGGGAGUGGGGAAUCUGAUUGGUCCUCAGGUGUACAUCACAGCCGGUGGGGCUGUCUACAUCCUGUUUGGCUUUGGAAAUGUACAAGCUGUCGCUCUGCGGGACAUUUUUGUUCAGGCCCAAAAUCGAGACAGCUCACCACCUUCUCUACAGAUAGAAGAGCCAGAAUGGGAGAAGCGGAGAUCCGUCAACCUGUCUGAGCUCAUUGACAUAUACAGCGAUGGUGUUGAGCUACUCCAGAUGGUGAAGAUGCCCGAUUCCAACUGCAGCAACCUCCUGAUUACAACCAGACAAGGCCUGAUUCUGCUGCGAGGACAAAACCUUACACCUCACUGGACAUUGAGCCUCCCUGGCCUGCACAGCCAGCCUACUCCUGGGUAUUUUACAGACGAUCAGACAUUAGACUUCCUUCUGCAGACACAGGAAGUAGUUGGGAUGAAAAAGAUGAUGGUGGUUGAUGGUGACUCUGGCUCCAUCGUUUGGAGUUACAGUGCUCCGUGCCACAUGAAAGAAAGUCCGACCACCUCAGCAGUGACUUCAGAGCGGAAGUCUGUCUUCCUCUUUUGGGCAGAAGGGCUGUCAGCUGCCCCUCCCAAUUCUGGUGUCAUCCUAGGAGCUGAUCCACCCAGCCUUUACCACCUUUACCUCCUGCAUCCAACCUUCCCCUCCAUCCUGCUGGACCUGGCCAAUGCCACAGGCACAGUGACGGCCUCAAAGGUUGGAAUCAAUGACCUCUGGAAAGAUGCCUUUUAUGUCACCAGGACAACAGGGCCAGGCUCUGAAGGGCAUCCCGCACCCGUGGUGGUCAGCAAGCUUAGUCUUCGCUGGGCACUGAUGGAGAGCCAGAUGGUCCAGCUAAAGGAGACCACCCCCAAAAUUGGCAGGGGAGAGCUGCGAAGAUUCCUCUCUAGGAUAAAGUUUGUUGACCCUCCCUACCAGAUCUAGACUAAUGGAAGCUUCGGUUUCAGAAGAAGUAAACAGGAGUGGGUCCCUCUGUCUGCUGUCCGUGAAGAAGCAGUUCUUUGGCGAGAGGAAGACUUUGGCCUCAUCUAAGCACUUCCACACGAUAGAUCUUUGCACUUUGGAAGGCUGUUGGAGCUGCGAUAACCGGUGACCCACUUGGCUGGGAUGUCACACCACCUUUCCAGUCCCUGUAUUAACCCUUCUAGGAACUCUGCGUGAAUAGUUUGGAAAUGUGAAUCUUCUGUACAUCUAAUUUUUUUGUACAUCUAAUUUAUAAACCAUUGCUGGGAAAUCCAGUAAAGUGUAUGACUAGGACAUAUUUUGUUUUGCAUUAUGCUGUGUGUAUAUAUUUUUUGGUGUUGUGGUAAGCUUAUUUCCAGAUAUGCCCUAAGCUUCAGGGAUCCCAUUUCUUGUCCUCUGCAAAAACCUGUGGUUGGUCAUAUUGAGACUUGCAGAUGACCUGCCUCUGCUUUUGAGGGUCACCCGUGUCACUCCUGUACCAUGGCUGUAUCUGAGCUGUAGAUAAGAGAUUGAUGGUGGAGGACUGAGGUAUCCAUUCCAGCAUUUCCAUCUCCUUCUUUCCCCAGACUUUCCAUCUUUCAGUGACCAUGAGAAUAGUCAUGUUCCCAUCAAGGGGAGCAGAGUAGUGGUUUAACUCUUAUCUCUAAGCAGGUCUGUAUGUUGCAUGUUUUUUGUCGGCUCUGCCAGUCAUGACCUCUGUUCCUGCAGCGAUGUCACAAGUGCAUGCUGUCUACAUCUUAGAGGCUGGGAAUCAGGGCUGGGAAGCCCUUGUCCUUGUCCGGCUGCAUCUCCUCUCUGGCACCCUCCCUGCCUCCUCUCAUCUUGCUUUCCCUUUUAUUCAGGGAUAUGUUUCUGGACCGUAAUAAUUUUGCUACUUGAGUCCAGUAUGUAACCAUUUUGCCCUGCACUUUCCCUUAUAGAGCCUUUGAAGCAUUGUAUUUUGAGAUUAUGUAAAUAUUAUAAAUUUUAUAAGUGAUUAAGUUCUUUAGAAUUAUUUCCAGCACUUACUUUCCCUAUUCUUCUAUGUAAAUUGUUACUUCUAGGUCUUUGUCUAUGUAGCAGAAAAUCCAGGGGUAACUGAUGAAAAAAAAACAACCCUGUUUCUUCUGCUUGAGUAAUUUUGAUCAUCCCUGAGUAAAAAUCGAGUUCCCUUCUUUUUUGGGCUACUUUGUGUUAAUAGAGAGAUUCUAGAUUUCAAGGGGUAUCUAUUAAUUGCCCACUGAUAGGUGAAGGCAUAGCAAUAGAUCCAAGCAGGUAUAUCGUUUGGCCUGCAGAUUGUCUGGCCUAUGGAUUGGCUUUACCAGCCUGAAGACCGUGAAAGCAUAUUUGCUUUCAGCACUUUGGAAGUUGAGCGUGGGUCCAGCUUGGUUUUAGUAAAACAGUUAAGAGGAUAUACUGAGUAUAGGUAUCUUCACUUCAGAUUCUUUUCCAGACAUUCGAAUCUACUUGGGUGUCAGGGUCUAGAUCACAGUGAUGGGGACAGUUUUGGAGCUUUCAGUAAUAACAGCCUUCUGUGGCACUGUGGCUUAGAUUUGCCACCACUGGCCUAGUUCUCAGGACUAACGUAUAGUGGACCAAAGCCCCAAACCAGUAAUUGUCCUGUGGCUUAGCUGAGCCAUCCAGAUAUAACCUGUUCUCUGCCAUGUUGAGGCUUUCUGGGAAGUCAGCCAGCAAAGACAGGAAGAAAAUUCAGAGUUGUUUAUUGAAAAUCUGUUCAAAUGGGAUUUGUGUGGACAGACUGUGUGUAUGCAGGUUAAAUCUCAGACACACUAGAAAAUUGUGUAACUGAACUUUUAUCUUUUAAAAAUUCAACCUGCUUCUUGAAGGCAACCACCCAGCUCAGAUACCCAAGAUAGGAAGUGCACCUUUCUUUUCCUAGUCCAAUCUCAGGCUUUCCAGCAAAGCCAGCUGGACCACUACUUGGCAGCAUUUUAACGACUUUUAGAAAUGCAAGAGAUUUCUCUUCUCAGUCUCUGCCUUUCCUUCCCUUGCAAAUGCUCCUCUCUGUGAUAGGCAGCAUCCUCGCUAUCCCCCAAAUGUGUGGCAUGGUUUUACCAACUAACCUCAUGAAUGUGAAUUGCUGUCCUUAUUGCCCACAUGAAAGGAGCGCCAGCUGGCCUGUUGUCCGAAAGUGCUAUUUAAAAUGUGAACUGUUAUAGAACAAAUAAAUACUGUGUACCAGAA